AUGGGAUGGCAAAUUGAUGGUGAUUCUGAAUUUAUUGUGAUGUUCCGAAACCCUCGUCUUCAAAUACAAGAAUAUGAAAAAAAAUCUGAAGAACAAAAAGAAAAAAGACAAGAUAAGAAGUCAGGAAAUAAGAAGUCUUAG